GCAUGUUGUAGUGUGUAUCAAUCCACGAUCGACCAACCAACCAACAAACCAACCGUUGUACUUGCUAACCAACUUAUGGGUCAAUUAACGACAAGAGAAAUGAUAAAACGAUCAACAGACACAGCACGUGCUAUACCUAUACUUAGAAGAGCCUCAAUGCCGAAAUAAUAAAAAAAGAAACAAUUACAUGGCUGCAGUGCUUCCUACUUGUUGAUCAAUGCCAUCACUCUUCUGGAAAGGGAAAUGCGACGAAAGAUACUGAAGCUAGUAGCAGAAACCAGCACUUCAUGGUAUAGAGACAUGGUGGCUACGUAGCAAUGUAUACCAUGAUGGUAGUCGAGCUAUCAACAAGGCGAUCAAUGUUCGACGGACGAGAUCUUGAAAUAUGGUGUAUAAGAAGGGACCACGAUCCAGCUCUCUGUCUCACAAUCCAAACACCAAGCAACCCAACACAUAUAUCCUCCUCCAUCAUCCGAUAUACUAUAUAAAUCACAUUAAAACUUCCUUAAGUUUUCCGGUCUUUUAAAAUGAAGUUCGCAAGCAGCUUUCUGGCCGUCGGCCUAUUCCUAGCUUCACUAGCCACUACCUCUCCAAUCAUUGAGGGCGAUGGAGAAAUCGCCCUUGGAGUUCGAACUUCCGAGCCCAUCAAUACUGCCGAGGCUGACCUCGACCUCACCAAGAGGGCCGGUAGCUUCUGGUGCCCGAAGACGGACAACGGGGCAUACGGCGUCUAUAAAGAGACAGAGUUUAGCUACUCGCGGGUCGACCGUGCCAUGCAGGAGGGCGCCUCCGUCUUAGAGCGCAAUGGCCCAGGUUGGAGGCCGAAAUCCCGCGACUACCCUCACGUCUUCAACAAUUACGAGAGGAUCUUUAGUGGGUGCACGGGAACCUUGUACGAGUACCCUCUUAUGAAGGACAAGACCUGGAGGAAGGGAGGCGGUGACAACGUCAAGCAAAUCCCUGAUAGAGUUGUAUUCUCGGUCUCCUGGGAUUCUCACAACAGGGUUAUUGAGAAGUUGUGCGGUGUUAUGCGUCACGGCCCUGGCAGGGAUUUCAUUGAAUGUACUUAUUAUUAAGGCGACAUGAUUCAAAAGGUACCUAGCUUGUCGGGAACUUCUACUCGGCUAGUAGGUGGCUAUAGAGAAUUAUGGAGCAGGGCAGGAUGGUUUUAAACUGUAUACUAUUGUACUUGGAUUCGUGGUGGAUGGCGUUCU